CGGCACCGCACAUGUUGCGACGCAAGUUGCAGCUUCACCCUGAGCUCUGCUAUUUAGAGCGAAUGAACUAUACAGAUGCGGCAAAGCAAAGCUAACAGAACAAGAAGGCAGCACUAGUUUACAAAAGAUUCCCAUGGAUUACCCGAUGCGGGGGGUGCAGCAGCACCAAGGAUUCCGGGCGGUUCAUCCAUGGCAGUGGUGGCAGUGGCAGCUCUCCGUCCUGGCUUCUUCCUCUUCGCCUCCGGCUCCGUCGACGCGGCCGCCCAACCACGUCAGCUGGGAUGAGACCGGCGCCGCGCAUAUCUACUCCGCCGACCUCCCCGGCGUGAGGAAGGAGGAGAUCAGGGUGGAGAUUGAGGACGGGAGGUACCUCGUCAUACGCACCGAGCUGGACGCUGGUGACGCGGAAGUCCACGGCCGCCGAGGCAGCUUCGCGAGGAAGUUCCGGCUGCCGGGGAUGGUGGACGCCGACGGCAUCACGGCCGAGUACGGCCACGGCGUAGGCAUUUCCUAUAUGGCGCCCGUUGCACCCGUUACAGGCGUCGGCGCAAACGGGCGCACACCCCGCCUCCUUCCAUCGAUGCGACAUGGGCCAGCCCAUUUAACUUUUUUCUUCUUCUGUUAAAUUCCAAAAAAUGUUGCGGCAACAAGAUUCGAACACAAGACCAACCGUUUAGUCAGCGAAGGCACUAACCACCACGACUUCUUCACACUUGUGACUAAUCUCUUCGUUUUUCUUCUUAUGUUGUUCUCAGUUCGUGGAAGCUCGGUCUUUGGAAGCUACCAGCUCGGUUUUUUCGUUUUUGUUUUUUUCUGGACAGCUUUUUGUGAUGCUUUUUUAUUUCAUUGUUCGUUCUCUUUUAAUUUCUUUACAUUUGUUUUUUUUCUUUUUGAAUGCAUGAGCAUUUUUUUUGAAAGAGCGAUGAUCUUUUGAAAGUUUUGUGAGUUUUUUUUGUCAAAUUUGAAGAACUUUUUGAUUUUAUGUGAAUUUUUCAAAAAUGAAUGAACUUUUUCAAAUUGAUAAACUUUUUUCCAAAAUCGAUGAACCUUUUUCCAUUUUUGAUGAACUUUUUUCAUGAUUGGUGAACUUUUUUGAAUUCGUGAACCCUUUUUGAAAAUCCGUGAAAUCUUUUUCAAAUCAUGAACUUUUUUUUAAAAUCGAUGAACCUUUUCCUACUUUAUGAACUUUUUCGAAUUCGUGAACCGUUUUUUGAAAACCCGUGAACUCUUUUUCAAAUCGAUGAACUUUUUUCCUAAAUUGAUGACCUUUUUUUUAAUCUUGAUGAACUGUUUUCAUGGUUGGUGAACUUUUUAAAAUUUUAAAAUUCCAUCAAUUUUUAAAACAUGAACAAUUA